AUGCAUAUCCCUAUGGUCUCCCCUGAGAUUCCUAAAGGAAAACGGAUCAAAUGUGGUGUUGUGCGCACAAGCACAACCACGAGGGAGUCAACCGAGCUUCAUCAGGAGUCGCCUCGUUUGAAGAGAGCUAGGCCAUCGAGGAGGCGUGUAAUGGACAAAGUGAACGUUCAACUAAUUGAUGUCAUCAACAAGGAGAUUAAGAUCCGGAGCCCUGUUUUGUCACAACACGUUUACUGCGGCGAGGAGGGUCAUUUAGCAUAUCUGGACCCAACCCAAGGUCGCCGCCGGUAG